AUGGAACCCGAACAGACUAUUGACGAGGGACUUUAUUCUCGACAACUCUAUGUUCUUGGUCAUGACGCUAUGAAGAAAAUGGGCAGUUCCAAUGUCCUUAUUGUUGGACUAAAGGGUCUUGGUGUCGAAAUUGCGAAAAACGUUGUUCUUGCCGGUGUAAAGAGUGUAACUCUUCACGAUCCUGAGCCAGUAAGGAUUUCCGACUUAUCUACGCAGUUUUUCCUCAGAGAAGAUGAUGUCGGAAAACCAAGAGCCUCAAUAACUGCGCCGCGAUUGUCCGAACUUAAUCAAUAUGUACCGAUUUCCAUACUGGAAGGUGAAUUAACCAGUGAUAAAAUAAGAAAUUUUCAGGUUGUCGUAUUAACAGAGACACCUCUAAAAAAACAAUUGGAGAUUAAUGAUUUUACCCAUGCUAAUGGAAUACACUUCAUAUCAACUGACGUGCGCGGCCUUUUUGGCAUUGCCUUUAAUGAUUUUGGUAAUGAGUUUCAAGUUAUUGAUACCACUGGAGAGAAUCCGGUAUCAGGAAUGGUAGCUGCAGUUACUAAAGAAGAGGAUGGUGUUGUUACAUGCCUGGAUGAAUCAAGGCAUGGAUUGGAAGAUGGAGAAUACGUGACUUUUACUGAAAUAAAGGGUAUGGAAGAACUAAAUAAUUGCGAACCUAAGAAAAUAAAAGUGCUUGGUCCAUAUACUUUUAGCAUCGGUGAUACAUCAAGCUAUGGAGAUUAUACUAGUGGUGGUAUAUUCACUCAAGUCAAGCAACCGAAAAUAAUUCAAUUUAAAUCUCUUCGAGAAUCUUUGAGGAAACCAGAAUUUGUCAUUUCUGAUUAUGCUAAAUGGGAUAGACCCAGUCAAUUACAUAUUGGUUUCCAAGCUCUUCAUGAGUUUCUUGAAACCCGUGGCUCACUACCUCGUCCACAUAAUGAAGCCGAUGCCGAAGAAAUAGUUCGACUUGCUAAAAGUAUUAAUGAUCAAUGCGAGGAUAAGAUUGAACUUGAUGAUAAGCUACUCAAACAACUUUCAUACGGCGCGGCUGGAAGUUUAUCUCCAAUGGUUGCUGUACUUGGUGGAUUAGUUGCUCAAGAAGUUUUAAAAGCCUGCAGUGGAAAGUUUAAUCCAAUACAACAAUACUUUUAUUUCGAUUCUUUGGAAUCUUUACCAGAUGAUGACUUAAAUGAGGAAAAUUGUGCUCCAUGUAAUUCUCGUUAUGAUGGUCAGAUAGCAGUAUUUGGUAGAGAUUUCCAACAUAAGAUUGCAAACUUUAGAGAAUUUUUGGUUGGUGCUGGCGCUAUCGGAUGCGAAAUGUUAAAGAAUUGGGCUAUGAUGGGAUUGGGUACUGGUCAAGGUGCCAUACAUGUUACUGAUAUGGACACAAUUGAGAAAAGCAACUUAAAUCGACAAUUCUUGUUCCGUCCUGGCGAUGUUAGCAAAUUAAAAUCAGAAACUGCAGUUGUUGCCAUAGGUAAAAUGAAUCCUGACACCAUAGGAAAAGUCAUUGCUCAUCAAGAUCGUGUUGGUGUUGAAACCGAAAAUGUUUACAAUGAUAAUUUCUUUGAAAAUUUGGAUGGAGUGACUAACGCAUUGGACAAUGUUGAUGCUCGUAAGUAUAUGGAUAGACGAUGCGUGUACUUUAGAAAACCUUUAUUAGAGUCCGGAACAUUAGGUACAAAGGGUAACACGCAAGUUGUUAUUCCGUACCUCACUGAAUCCUAUUCGUCAUCUCAAGACCCACCUGAGAAAUCUAUUCCAAUUUGUACAUUAAAAAACUUUCCUAAUGCCAUUGAGCAUACAAUUCAGUGGGCACGUGACUUGUUUGAAGGGUUAUUUAAGGUUCCUGCAGAAAAUGUAAAUAUGUAUUUAAGCCAGCCUGGGUUUGUUGAAGGAACAUUAAAGCAAGGUGGUAGCGCUAAGGAAAUCUUGGAAGGAAUUCAAAAUUUCUUAGUUACCGCACGUCCAUUAACAUUCGAAGCGUGCGUUGCUUGGGCUCGUUUGAAGUUUGAAGAAUAUUUCAACAAUAAUAUCCAACAGUUGCUUUUUAAUUUCCCAAAAGAUUCCGUUACAUCUACUGGUGCAAAGUUUUGGUCUGGUCCAAAAAGAGCACCCGAACCCAUCAUAUUUGACGCUAAUAUUGACGCACAUAUGGAGUUUAUCGCAACAGCUGCAAAUUUACAUGCAUUCAAUUAUGGCCUCAAAGGUAGCAUAUCUGUAAAAGUAAAUGUAUUAAAUACAGUUUUUGUACCCGAAUUUCAUCCAAGAUCUGGUGUAAAGAUUCAGGUACAAGAAAAUGAAAACAUUCAGCAAACAACUGAUGAAACUGAGUUACAAGAAAUUGUUAGUAGUUUACCCGAUCCAACAUCAAUUCCAGGAUUUAGAUUGAAUCCUGUAGAAUUCGAAAAAGAUGAUGAUACAAAUUUCCAUAUUGAUUUCAUCACCGCAACUUCUAAUCUACGGGCCAUUAAUUACGGUAUUCAGCCAGCAGAUCGUCACAAGACUAAAUUUAUUGCUGGCAAAAUUAUACCAGCUAUUGCUACGACGACAUCUUUGGUAACAGGAUUAGUAUGCCUAGAAUUAUACAAAAUUAUUGCUGGCAAGAAUAAGUUGGAGGAGUAUAAGAAUGGUUUUGUAAAUUUAGCGUUACCAUUUUUUGGAUUUUCAGAGCCAAUUGCGAUGCCGAAAUUCCAGUAUCACGAAACAGAAUGGAGCUUAUGGGAUAGGUUUGACAUUGAGGGUGAUCUUACACUUCAAGAAUUCUUGGAUUACUUUGCAAAAAAUCACGAAUUAGAAGUGACAAUGUUGUCAUGUGGUGCUAGUAUGUUAUAUGCGUUCUUUUUGCAAGGAAAGAAAAGGGAAGAGCGGAAAAAUAUGAGGUUAUCGGAAUUAGUGGAAUCAAUUUCAAAGAAACCAGUUCCACCACACGUUAAAGCAUUAACUCUAGAAAUGGUUGUAAAUGAUCGUGAUGGUGAAGAUGUAGAGGUUCCGUAUGUUAGACUAGUUAUUAGGGCAUAG